GGUGCUUGCACGAAGGCGAUGAACUUGUACACGGAUUUAUUGAACAAUCGAAUGAAAGGAGCUGCUGAAGCAAAUGGCUGAACAAAAGGUGCAGCCAAACUUGUUAACUUUUAAUUCUGCAAUGAAGAGUCUCCGAAAGUGUGGUUCAAUCGCAAAAGGACUUUCCAUCCAAAUACUUAAUGAAAUGAAAUAUCUAAAUAUAGAACCAAGUUUGGCUACCUUUGAUCAUCUACUUGCUAUAUUCUAUAAACCUGGCGCAGUUACCCGACCGCACACUGACAUCAUCUUUGAGGUGCUUGAUGAAAUAGAGGGGAAGCAUUUUGAGGCCCGGGAUCCUGAUGAUGUGAACUUCUUUAUCAGUGCUAUGAGGCUGUGUUUGGAUUUGAAAGACCUUGAAUUGGCUUACAGAUUGCACAAGACACUUGAAACUGGAAACAACUGGGUAUUAUUGGGCGAUUCUUAUCAGCAAAGUAUUUAUUAUGGGAGAUUCUUUAGCCUCUUAUGCACAAUGGAGAGCAUUGACGUGGUUCUCAAGUGGUAUAAAGCCCUCAUUCCAUCGCUCUACUACCCCAAUGUGCAAGGAAUGAGGGAUCUGCUGCAGGCGUUGGACACUGAAAACCACUUGCACCUGAUUCCAAAUGUCUGGAAAGACAUUAAGCAACUUGGUCACAGUAAUAAGCAGGAUCUUGUGGAGGAGGUCCUUGAACUGAUGAGUCGUGACAAACACAGUCCACAGUUGCAAGCUGCAUUUUCUGAGACUGCACUGGACAUAAAGUCUGUAUAUAAACGGGACCAGUUCCGUAAUAUGCAAUGGACAUCUACCUCUUUAGGAAAUGUCACUGCUCUGUUCCUGAGAGGAGGCCGAACUCAAGAUGCUUGGGAGAUGCUGCAACUUUUUAAAACUAACAACAGGGUUCCUGGUAAAGAACUAUUGGAUGAGUUUUUGGAUCAUGCUAAGGAAAGCAAUAACAAGACUCUGGCUAUUGACUUGGUAAAACUGGCCGGGACAUUCAGUUUGCCUGCAACAUCAGAGCUGUUUGAGCGCGUAAUGAUUGAGUAUCAACUGACGGAUGAAGAGAAAAAAUCACUGGAAGAGUUGGAUGCCACCAGCAGUGAUAGUGACCGAGAAUAAUCUUCUGAUGUUUGAGUCUUAUCAAAUGAUCUUCUGUUGAAUUUAUGACUGCAUAAGGAUUGACCUGGGUAUUUGUUCACUGACUUCUGCACUGGACUGAAGGAAUCUUAUGACUUUUAUAGUUUUAUCUGAUGUAAGAUUUAAUAACAUAACUACAAAAUUAUGUAAGUAUAUGGAAUAUUAAAAUAUGACAGAUCUGAAA